ACUUACAUUGACAAAUGUCUUACCAUGAUUGGAGGACUUAAUCAAAAUGUAGUUAGGCCUACAAUUAACCCAUUUGUGCUUGUUCAUUGACAACUUCGUAGGAGACAUCUUCAAUGGUGUUUUUCACAAUUCGUAGUCUAGCAUAAGGAAUGACAUAUAACAAAGUUAUUUUUUUUAAAUGGGCAAAUACCAGUACAACACCCGAAUUAUCAAGAAAAUAUCACUUAUGUUCUAUUUUAUUCAAUAUUCCAAUUAUAUCCCAUUGUAUGAUAGUUUUUUGUUUUUUAUAUAAUUUCACUUUUGUUGACUGUUAUCUUUAACGGUUGGCCUAACGGUGGUCAAAAAAUUUGUUGACUUUCGCUGACGUGACAAAAAAUUGACAACCAUGUAGAUGCCAUCACUAAGACAUAAUUUUUAAAUUUAAAAUGAAUUUUUAAUCAAUAAAAACAAAAGUAAAAAAAGGAAAAUAAUCCUCAAUUACCAAAAAAGAAGAAGAACAAAAAUUAUUUGUUCCUUUGCAUUCCUUCUCUUUCCUUUCCUUCUCUCAACCAAAAGCGCCGGCCUCCACGGCUCCACCCACCGCAGCCACCGAAGACGACCCCUUCCACUUUUGGAAUUUGUUCGUCUCUCCCCCUCCGUUGUAACGUCGCCAAGAGCAUCCCCUGAUCCCCGCAUCUCAAACCUUCCAGCUGCCGAGACCGUACAUCACUCUCCCCCAUCUCCUUCUUCUCUUGACCUUCCCUCGCCAUCCACCAGUCCGACGAAAUCUCCGAGAUAAAAUCAAAUCCAAUAAGCAAAGCAAACGGUGGAAAAUCAAAUGAAAGAACAAAGAUUUGGAAAUUGAAUUCCAUUUUGUCGAUUUGCGACAUCAAUCGAAUCCAAUAGAUGUUCCAAUCUUCAUAAACGAAGUUGGGGCUGGGAUGUGUUGUAGAUUUGGAUUUUGCAGCAUACUUGUAUGAAAUUUGGAACGAACGGCGACUAUGACACCUUCGUUUCCCCCUGAUGCAAGAGGCUCGAGAAGUAGAUUUUGGUGACUCUGAUCUUUUGCUCUGCUUUGAAAAUAGAACGGGUUGUUGCAAUAGCAACGAAGAUGCAACAAGGUGGUCUCUAGCGGUCACGACAACUCAGAUAGACCUAAUCAACUUCGGACCCUUGCAAUCGCUGCUCCAGCCCACCAACCCCAAGUUCCCCGCACUGACCUGGCCCCUAGCCUCGACAUUCAUAUCAGAAUCCUACCCGGUAACCCCAAUCUUAGCUCCGGUGGCCAAGAAACUUCUGGUGAUGGUGAUGAUGUCGCUGUUGAGGGGUUUGUUCAACGAUGACCUAGGGAAGGUGGAAGUCUUCAUCGAGGAGGCGGAGUCCGUGGAAGGAGGAUUGAGGCGGGAAUUGGGGGAAGACUUGGGCCUACGCCGUUUGGAGAGUGACUCGAAGGCAGCUAAAGAAGCAAAUGAGAAAGGAAAACGUCUUCUGUAAAUCGAUUUUGGUUCACUGAUGGUGGCGAGGGAGAAGAAAUUAGAAGAAUGUUUAGUUUUUUAUUUUCAAUUUUUUUAAUUAUUUUGUAAAAUAUAAAUUGGAUUUAAAAUUCCACGUCAGAUGUCACAUCAAUGCUUACUAGACUUUCUGUCAAAUACUAUCAGUCAAAGUCGGUCAAGACUAAUAGAAAAAUAGUUCAGGA